AUGGCCCGCGGAGGUACGAUGUACGCACGAGCUAUACGCCGUGCAGCGGCGAGAGCUUCCCAUCUUGAAGAAGCUAACGGGACCGAGCCUUCCGACGUCUCUCGAGUAACUUGCCCUUACUGUGGAUCCGAAUUCGGUUCGGAAGGGGACCGCAACCGACAUGUGUCGCUCUAUGCCCUCUGUCACGCUAGACAUGAGUGUGCGGUGAAGGGGAAGGUUGGUCAAAAGCGGAAGAGGGAAUACGAGGUCGACUCACCAGCAACCGAUGUAAUGGACCGCCCAGCUCCUGCAAAACAUGCCCGAAUCGACGAAACUGCCUUACCGAUUGCUGGACUGUCUCGACACCCUAACGCUCUACCAUAUCCCGGCCCUGACCACACCCCUGACUCUAAUUCCGACCCCGUUCUUGCUGGAGGCGCUGUCAACGGGUACACCAAGGAUGGCGUGUUUGUCGAGCGAUUCCCUGUCAGGACGGCUGGGAUGGCAAUGAGUACGCGACAGACGGGAAAGGAAGACUUACGGACAUACUUGGACGCCUGUGGAAAACUGGGGGAUCGGGAUCUAUUCGAAACCGCCGAGGUCAUGAUGACCACGGGGUUAACUGGCCGAGGGAGAACUAGACAGUUAAAGGCGCCCGCCUAUCGGGAGUGGAGGAGGAAGGGAAAGGAGGUGUGGGGAACCAGUGACGCGCUCGUCAGGGACGUCGACCAAUUACCUAAGGGCCCAGAUUGGAUGGAGGUCAACGUUCCUGGUGGCAAGGGUCGGUACAGACGCCCACACACCUUAUAUAUGCGCGAUGUCCUCGAAGUCACCCGGGAGCUUAUUGGUGCACGGCGCUUCAGGCGUUGUAUGCGUUAUGCGCCAGAGCGUCAUUGGACGUCGAAGAGCCGAAAGUGUCGUGUCUACGAUGAAAUGUGGAGUGGAGACUGGUGGUGGCAGGUACAGAAUAAAAACGGUACAGUUGUACCGUUGAUCAUCGCGUCGGACGAGACCACACUCACAAACAACCCGCGCGGGGAUAAGGCACAUCCAAUAUACCUUUCGAUAGGGAAUAUCAGCAAAGCAGUUCGACGAAAGCCAACGAAACGGUCAAUGAUUAUAAUCGGAUACUUACCGGUUGAUUCAUUCGACGAUGUCCCAGACGACAGUUCCCGUCAACAAUAUCGUGCCGACUUGCUCCAUCGCUCCCUCGACGAAAUCUUCAAACCGCUAAAGAAAGUGUCAUCCGAAGGCGUGCUGGCUUGGUGCGCCGAUGGAUGUCUUCGGCACAUCUAUCCAUUAAUUGCCGCCUGGGUCGCCGACUAUCCCGAACAGAACGAUAUCGCUUGCACGACUCAGAACGGAUGUCCCAAGUGUAUGCAGCGAUGGCAUGGACGCGGAUGCGGAGGGCCGACUGCGCCGCUGCGCAACCAAGAGGAGGCGCGCCAGGCAUUACGGGGGUACAGGCUGACCGAGGACGUGGGGAUGUUACAGCGACUGGGUUUGAAACCGGUCGCUCCGUUCUGGGACGGUUUCCCUGAGCUCGAUGUUGGGAGAGCACUCGUUCCGGACCUACUCCAUCAGCUUUAUAAGGGCAUGUUCGAGCACAUUCGGGAUUGGGUCGAGGACUUACUAGGGACUGUGGAGUUCAACCGUCGAUUCGUGGUUAUGCCGGCGGCCCAAGGUCUGCGACACUUCAACAAGGGGGUGACGAGAGUCAAGAUCUGGGCAGGGCGGGAGUCGAGAGACAUGAUGAGGCAGUUCUUACCUAUCAUUGUCGAUGCCAAAGCUCCCCCUGACUUUGUUCGGCUUGUUCGCGCUCUCCUCGAUUUCUCUUAUUUAGCACACGGCGCGCAGCUGACCGAAGUCGAACUCAGUCGAAUGGACGAGGCACUUGCGGCAUUCCACAAGUACAAGGACGUUCUUGUCAAUAAGAAGGACAAGAGGCUGGGGAUUGUCGUGGGCGAUGGUGGAUUCGAUCGGAUACCAAAGUUGCAUGUGUUGGGGCACUACACGAAUGAUAUACGUGAGCUUGGUACGCCAGACGGUUAUAGUACCGAGACACCAGAGCACUUACACAUUUUAUACGUCAAAAUUCCAUGGCGUAUGUCGAAUCGUCGAAACCCGCUCCCCCAAAUGGUCCAGUACGUUCGGCGCCUCGAGGCGCUCGAGAUCCAACGAGUGUACCUGGAGGAGUACUAUGGCGGGCCAGUAGGAAUCCAAGAUAUUCGAGAAUUCGACUUCGACGACGACGAGGAUGGGCAAGACACUGGCCAGGCAGAGGGUGAAGAUGGGAGCGAGGACGAGGAAGACCCUUACGACAGCGAGGACGAGCUGGAGGAUGGGGUCGAGAUUCCAACGGACAGAUCGGAAGUGCCGGCCGCAUCGGAGAUAUACUAUCCCCGACCGAUGACUUCCAUUGCUAGGCGUCCAACUGUCCCGAACGUAGCCGCCCGCGUGAUUGCUUCGUCAUACGGUGCUCCCGAAUUCAUCCGGUCACUUCAACGUUUUCUAUCGGCCACCACCUCCCCCUCAGAGCCUCCCCUCCUAGUUCCCUCUCAUCGCUUCCCCGUCUGGCACAAAGCCGUACUCGGACACUAUCCUCUGCCAUUUGCGCCUAGCCAACCCUGCCCGCGCGAUGUAAUUCGAGCACAUCCCCCGACUCGAGAUGCCGCCGGCCGAGUCUCGAAGGCUGGUGUGUUUGAUACGGUCUUGUUCGCCGCUGACCGUUCUUGUUCUGGGCUGAAGCGCUUCCGCGCUGGCCGGGUCCGCGUUAUCUUUGCUUUGCCCCAGGACUUCGCGCAUUUGUACGAUGGUCCGCUCGUCUACCUCGACGUUUUUGAAUCCUUUACGACAAACAAUUCUUCCGGUCACUCCUUGUUUAGUACGACGCCGAUGUACUACGGCGCGUCCUAUGCCUCACUCGUUCUGCCACUCGGCUGUCUCAAGCUGGCUUGUCAUCUCGCUCCCGACUUCUCCUCACCAUUCACUCGUCCUCCCGUCUCGUCAUGCCUCGCGCUCACCAAUACCCGUCACCUGCUGAACGAAUUUUACAACUACUUCACUUUUCUUCUACUGUCUUACUGGCGGGUUGUCGGUAGCGGCCGAACUGGAGGGUCCUCCACUGCGUCACUUUGA